AACGAGACGUAUAGCCUCACGCUGCAAAUGUACAACGAGCCGGAAUACACGUUUCAAAUGGCAAUCUUCUUAUAAGAAACAGGCUAUAGAAGUUAUUGAGGUUACGAGCUACAAUGCAAAUCGCGAUCAAUGUUUACAAACAGACGUGUGUAUAGGGUGUAAUGGCGCUGAACUACAUAUCACAAACACCUACCUCAGUUCAGUAGUCAUAUAGUUUCUGCCUGAACGGAUAUUUUUUUAAUGUUAAAUCUCACAUGACCAAGGAACGUUCACAAUCUGUGACUAGAUGUGGCAGUGAACGGAUUAUUGGCUUAGUGCCCUGUAUCUCUCGUUGGAGCCGACUACCUCGCCAUUUUGUAUCGUUCGUGUUCUUGUAAUAAUCACUCCAUAGCGCGUACCGACGAUGUCGACGGACAACGGUAGCGAUGAGAAGAUGGUGCUCUCUGACCCCUCGGACUACCGACCGGAGUAUAAGGACAAAGACAACUACCGUGAGUUUGAUAUCCACAACUCACCUACCCGGGUCAUUAAUACCUAUAAGGACAUGCAUACCUAUCAAACCCUCCAGUACGUGCGGGACAAGACAGAGCACUACACCAAGUUUAAUCAUGCAGAGAUGACAAUGAUGGAAGCAAUUAAUUCACUCGAUGCCUUUAUGGAUGAAAGUGAUCCAGAUGUAGAUAUUCCGAACUCUCUACAUGCCUACCAAACUGCUGAAGCCAUUCGGAAGGCACAUCCUGACAAGGACUGGUUUCAUGUAGUGGGACUGAUUCACGAUGCAGGAAAGGUGAUGGCCCAUUGGGGGGAGCCCCAGUGGUCCACGGUUGGCGAUACAUUCCCAGUGGGCUGUUUCCCAGACGACAGCAUCGUUUUUGGAUGGGAAAGCUUCAGGGAUAACCCUGACCUACAGGAUGAAAAACUCAAUUCCAAACUGGGCAUAUACACGGACAAUUGCGGUCUCAAUAACGUGACCAUGUCAUGGGGUCAUGAUGAAUAUUUGUACCGUGUGCUGACCUCUGACCUAAACAAGUGCUACCUACCGGAAGAGGCAUUGUACAUGAUCAGAUACCAUUCCUUUUACCCUUGGCAUACUAGUGGAGCUUACAGUUACCUUAGCAACAACAAGGACAACGAGAUGAUGACUUGGGUCAAUGAGUUCAACCAGUUUGACCUCUAUACCAAGACACCUAUUCCGCCUGAUGUUGAUAAUCUACAGACAUACUAUAGUGCUCUCAUGGACAAGUAUGUCCCAGGAAAGCUCAAAUGGUAAUUUGUAAAAUUCUGCAAGAUACGCAACAACGUUGAAGUGAACUGGUUAAACAUGUCUCAAAAACAUCAUUUGGUGCAAAACGUCAACCUCGAUUGGAAUAUGUCAAACCAAAAUUGAAGGCACGAAUAUAGCUGUUUGAUUGGUCUCGGGUAAAAAAACACCUGACAAAUCGCUAGGCUGAUACUUAUCCUUUGAAGAUUACAAAGGAGAGACGCCCGACUUCAAAGCCUGUCACCUUUUUCUGCUACGUGACCGUGAGAUUCUUUUGAUGUGUAUCAAAGGAUCGAACUAGUCUUCUUGUUUCAUUACCAUGGUAACGCACAUCGAACCUUCAAUUUUGCUAUGACAUAUUCAAGGGGUGUAGAGAGCGAAAAUGAGCAUAACCCCUGGAUAUCGAGGAUGGCAAAACGUAUGCAUAAUCAUUACUACUCCUAUGUGUAUGCCUAUACGUGCUUUAUUUACCAAGUGUAAAAGUAUAGUCACAGCUGAGUGUGACUAAUGGUAUUAUAUGACUUUUUUCUUGAGAAGAAACUGAUUGUGAUGUUGACAAUUGUACAGUAUACCGGAAAAUUUUCGCCACAGUUUUACUGUCGCCUAUUUUGUAUCCCCCAUAAGGUCUGCGAAUGUAUUAUUACAUUAUGAUACUUAUUUAGUAAUUUGACGCACGUACUUUGUGACUAUGCAUUUAACCGGUGAAGAAAGGAAGAUUGUCUGAACGGAAGUAUCCGGAUGUACAAAAUGAAGAAUUAUAUGUAACGGAAAUAAUUCAAAAACUUUAAUCGGGACAAUUAAGUGAAAACCGGUGAUCGGAUACUCUUGACUAAUUUAGAAUGUUUAUGGUUGCUGAAUCAUUCAUAGAAGCAGAAGAAUGGAAACUGUUUAGUUAGCAUUUCGUUUAUAUAUAAAGUAUUUAAUUGUCCACGGUAUCUAACAGAAUCAACGAUUCAAUGUGACGUCAUGAGUUUUUGUACGUCAUUUCAUCCUCUUCAGAAAAGGCAAGAUGGAUGGUACUUCUUUCGCGGUCACGAGGCCAAAAUAUUAGGACUGCGAAAUAUAAUUGGUUUUUCAUAUACUUCUAAGCUAUAUUUAUGUCCAAUCCUGGCAUUUAUUAGGGAAGUUGCCGUGAGUAUUAGAUUAAAUUGGGAUGACCGACGUUUUUUAUAUACUUGAAUAUAUGUCUACAAUACUAUGUAAACUAUUGUGAUCAGAACAUUGCUCAAGUUGUGUUUAUAAUACUGAAUGCCCUCAGGAAAAUAUACACAAGCACUUUGUAGAUGAUGAAUGUGGGUCAUAAACGGAUAUAUUUUAAAUGAAUCAGAGAUAUACUGUAUGCAAAAUUGGCUCGACUCAUUCCAUUCAUUACUCUGUUUGCAUGUGAUUUGUUAAGAGACUGUUGAAGGAUUUUAAGAAGUUUUUAAAUUCAAGAUUGUAUUAUGAAUGUGAGGCAUUUAGGAAACCAUAAUAUUAUGUGUAUUUAUUGUGUUCCUUUUAAUGCUCUCACUCCAUAUUAAACACAAUUUCCGCACCUUUGAUCAAACGGAAUUAUAAAUAUACAUGUAUCAUAUCCUGUAUUUUAAUAUGAAAUGUUUGCUAAAUUCGAAUUUUAUAAAGAUGUUUUUGUUAUUAACCGCUUGAAGUGAUUUUAUUUUUGAAAGAUAACAUUUUAAUUACAAUUACAUACAAAUUGUGUUAUCUUCAAUUGAUGGAAUGCUGACAAAUGACAGGGGAAUAUUUCAGUUGUGUUUAUUUUUUAUUAUUUUAAACACUUAUUUCCAUGUUUUUAUCUUAAUACUGCUUAUAAACAUAUAGUCGCAUGUGUAUUAAAUAUCACUGG